GAAAACUCAGGGAGUAUCAAUCCAAUUGUUUCAAUCAUGUCUCUCACUGAUGACCAAGUCAACGCCGAACUUCGCAAGAUGAAGGCCUUCAUCGAGAAGGAAGCUCAAGAAAAAGCUAAGGAAAUUAAGUUGAAAGCCGACGAAGAAUAUGAAAUUGAAAAGGCUUCCAUCGUCAGAUCUGAAACUGCUGCUAUUGAUGCUGCCUACGAACAGAAAUUCAAGAAGGCUUCUUUGGCCCAGCAAAUCACCAAGUCCACUAUUGCCAACAAGACCAGAUUAAGAAUUUUGGCUACUAAGGAAGAAGUGUUGGACCAAAUCUUCGACGAAGCUAAAACCCAGUUGAAUAAAAUAAGUGCUAACAAAGGUGAAUAUAAGGCUGCCUUCGUGGGUUUGAUUGAAGAAGGUUUGUUUACCUUAUUAGAAGAAGAAGUCACCAUCAAGGUUAGAGAAGCCGACUUGUCAUUAGCUAAGGAAGUUGUCGACGAAGUCACCAAGGACUUUGAAGAAAAGGCCAAAUUCCCUAUUAAAGUCUUCGUCGACGAAUCAGACUUCUUGAGCAAAGACUGUGCUGGUGGAGUGGUUGUUAUCAACAAGAAUGGAAAGAUUGAAGUUAACAAUACAUUGGACGAAAGAUUGAAGUUGUUAUCUGAAGAAGCGUUACCAGGUCUUAGAUUAGAAUUGUUUGGUAUUUCUGAAACCAGAAAGUAUUUUGAUUAAGUCUCCAUUGUCAAUUGCCAAUAUUCACUUCUUCUCCUCCAUUUCAUUUAUAUGUCGUAAUUCUCUCCACAUAUAGUAUUUCAAUACAUUUGACUCCAGAUGUUGUUCGCACUCAGUUCCAAAUAUAAAAGACUUCACAGG